AAAAGUGAUUAGGUUUUUACUGUUUUUUUUUGUCUAUUUGUAGACAUCACAGUCACAUCAUUUAUUUCAUUUCUUUGCUAACAAACUUCAUUGUGAAGACCAGAGCUGAGAAAGUCAAAAGAAAAAAAAAAGAAUGGGGUGGAAGAGAAAGAGGGCCAGGGAGAUCUGAAUAAACAUGAAAGCUUAUUUCUCUUUCUCAUUUCCACUUUAACUAGGUUUUCCCAGAGCAGUGAAUGGAGGAGUGUGUCCGCUGCAUUUGUGUGUGUGCGUUGGGUGGCCACAAAGAUCUGGGAUCUCUUUCUCCCUCCGAAAGGCGGAGGGAGAAAGAGAGAAAGCACAUGCAGGGACAAAACUCUGAAGGGUAGAUAGCUGUCAGGCUGCGAGGAGGCAGCACAGAGACGACUUCGUCUUUUCUGGGAACACGUUGUGUCCUCUGCAGCUCUGAAACCCUCACACAAACACACACAGAUGGUGAGGUAGAGUGUGUGUGAGAGCUGCUCCUCCGGACUGUUUGAAGUGUUUUGGAUUUGGCAUCUUUGUGAGUUGGAAUUACACUCUGAAAGGACCUGAACAGUGAAACAUUUGAGACCUAACCUGAAUUCAAGACCGGGACUUUGACUGGUUUGGCUGAAGUUGUCAGGUUUAAGCUGCGUCUGUGGAGAAGAUGUAUUGGUUGGCGGCAUCGGUCCUUCUAAUCCAGCUGGGAUCCACUCUGACGGGAGCGUGGAGAGCAUCUCAGCCGAGACUGCAGUUCACUCACUCCGAGCUCAUCCAGAACGGUCGGCUGCUGACGCUGCCCCUGGUGGCCGGAGACCUGCACUCCCUGCUGCUUGAUGAAGGCGGGAAGCGUUUGUAUGUGGCCAUGAAAGAUAGCCUUCUGUCCACCAGCUUAGAUGAUAUAACGCAGAACCCACGAAAGCUGUACUGGCCCGCCAGCCCGGACCGGGUCCAAGAAUGUCUUAUGGCUGGAAAAGAUCCAGAGUUGGAGUGUGCUAACUUCCUGCGAGUUCUGCAGCAUUUCAAUCAGACUCAUUUGUAUGUAUGCGGCACCGGAGCAUUCAACCCCCGCUGCUCCUUUAUUCCUACCAGCAUCUUCCUUCAGUCGGAGCACCAGACUCUCCUCUACAGCCAGACAGAGUGUGGCAAAGGCAAAUGCCCUUAUGACCCGUUCCAGAAAACAGCAUCUGCUGUUGUUGAUGGAGAGCUGUAUGCUGGCAUCACCUCAGACUUCAUGAGUCGGGACUCUGCUUUCUUCCGCAGUCUUGGCAGCAGACACGUCAUCCGCACUGAACAGUAUGACUCCACCUGGCUGCAGGAUGCCCAAUUUGUGCGGGUAGCGCCACUGUCUGAAACUGAUAACCCAGAGGAUGAUAAAGUAUACGUGUUCUUCACUGAGCGCGCUCAGGAGGCGGAGGGGGCUGCUGGAAAGGUGCUCUACUCAAGAGUGGCACGAGUGUGCAAGAAUGACAUUGGAGGCCAGAGGAGUUUAGUCAAUAAGUGGAGCACCUUCCAGAAGGCUCGCAUGGUAUGUUCAGUUCCAGGACCAGAUGGCCUACAGACACAUUUCGACCAGCUGCAGGACAUCUUUAUUCUCAACGGAAAAGACAAGAAGAAUCCUCUCAUCUAUGGCCUGUUUACCACUUCAAGUGAUAUCCUGAAUGGCUCAGCUGUUUGCGUUUAUCGAAUGGAGGAUGUGGUCCGAGCUUUUAAAGGAAACUUCCUGCAUAAAGAGGGGCCUCAGUAUAAGUGGGCAGAGUUCACAGGAAAAGUGCCCUAUCCACGCCCAGGAACCUGUCCCAGCAGCACAUAUGGAAGUUACAGCUCAACCAGAGAGUAUCCUGACGACGUUAUUUUCUUCAGCAGGACUCACCCGCUGCUGCAGGAACAUGUGCUUCCACUGGGAGAGCGCCCCCUCUUGGUCAGAGUUGGCAUCAGCUACAAGUUCAGCAAACUGUUGGUGGACAGAGUGGAGGCGGUGGAUAGCACGUAUGACGUCUUGUUCAUCGGAACAGACUCUGGUCUUGUGCUGAAGGCCAUCCAUCUGCCCAGAGAACACGGACAGGGUCAGGAGGUCACUCUGGAGCAGAUGCAGGUUUUUCAGCACCGAGCGCCAGUGACAGCAAUGGAACUUUCAAAGAAGAAGCAGUGGUUGUUUGUGGGCUCCAAGGAGGGCGUGUCCCAACUGGCUCUGUACCAGUGUGAGCUGUACGGCCAGGCCUGUGCUGAGUGCUGCCUGGCCAGAGAUCCCUACUGCACCUGGGACGGACAUGCCUGCAGCCCCUACAUGCCCUCCGUGCGCCGGAGAAACGCUCGUCACUUAGGAGAAGACGAAGAUCCACUGACUCAGUGUGUCCGACAGGGAGCUGGGCUGCAGGUAGAGGCAGAGCAGAGAGUGAUGCUGGUUGCCGAGGGUAACAGCACCUACCUGGAGUGUCUUCCUCGAUCCAGACAUGCUGCAGUUACUUGGUACAAACAAGCAGGAGAGAACAGUCCCGAACUCAAUCAGGUGGUAACAGGUGAACAGCUGGUGGUGAUUGAGCGGGGCGUCCUUAUUAGGCGGGCUGAGCUGUCUCACGGCGGCGUUUACCACUGUCAGGUGGAGGAGCACGGCUAUCACUGGACGGCGGUCACGGUCCGCCUUGCUGUUUGGAGCUCCUCCGCUAACAGAGUCCAUGGUUCGCUCUCUGGCUCCUCCUAUCAGGGUGCUGGAACCCUGCCCUGGUACGAGGAUGUGAUGGCCCUGAUACACCCAGGAAACUUAGGCCAGCACUGCAGGGCUCUGGGGUACCGCCCCCCACGCAACCACCGUCGCCAUGGCAACAUCAUGAUGAAGAGGGAGAAGGGAGAGAAGGAAAAGCAUGGGGCAGGAAGAGGAGGAGGAGGACGUGCAGCAGGGAGGAAGAGCAGGAGCAAACCACAGCAAAGGGCACCUAGGAGCGCUUAAAAGGAGAUAGUCACAGACUGAAACACGUACACAGUUUGUGUAAUACACACACACACACACACACACGCACACCCCGAACUCAGACACUGAGGCACACACACAUGCUGUUUGUACAGACUAAUUCAUGCGCAUGCACUUGUAUACAAACAAAAAAGGCAACUUCUGGUGAGAACAUUCAGGAUGAGGCCACUUCAGUUUCUGAACUCUGAACAGGAGGAUUUGGACCGCAGGAGACCGCUGCACUCAGACAAAUGACUCUGUGAAUAAUAUAGAGUAGCUGUGGGGCAAAGCAUGCUGAAUGAAGGAUGAAUGGCAUGGCCAGACAGCUUUGACAGCUAAAGGGUGUUUUAGAAAAAAAUUCUGUUUUGUUCUCCUGAAUAAUAUUCAGCAUUUGAAAAAUGUUCCUGACAAUUUUUAAAUAAUUGCUGCCUUCAGGAAUCCCACAUUGAUAUGGGCACAAAUUACUUUAUAAUCUGACAAAGAAAACAUCGAAUAGAGGUUGUUAACUAUGAACAACUUUGAAAAACAAAUUGAGGUCAAUUAUAAAUGGCACUAAUGGUUUCACCCAGUAGGCAUGGGACUCCCAUUAGAGGACAAUCCCUCACACAGCUCAGCCACAUGUGGAGAUUCCUCAUUUUCUUCGAAAGGUGUGGUUCAACCACGAAAUGACAGACUGUGGUGAAGGAGAUGAAAGGCAGAGAAAGAGCAGGAGGGAUGGCUUUGAUGGGUUUGCAGAUCAACAUUCCCAUCACUGGAAAGCUCUACACUGCAGCUGACAGACAGACUGUUCAGUUCACAGGUUUUCUCUUGGUUUGCCUCCUUAGAGUGGAGCUGGUAAUUUUGUGGUACGAGCACCAAAUUAGUCCAAUUUAGGAUCCCCUCUUUCAGAAAAGUAUGUUAGCCAUGGAAAAAAUCCAAGAUUUAUAAAUACAUAAAACAGGACAUACAUGUAAUAGUAUUCUGUAGGCACCCCUCAACUGCAUUUCAGGCAUUAACAGCCCACAUUGUUGAGACAUUAGAUAUUUUUGUAACAAUUGUGUGCAUGGCUGCCAUCUUUACAAAUGGCCAUUUUGGAUUUUUCUUGAGGCCAACGCUCUUUUCUGAAACAGGAGAUCCUACAUCCAUGCAGAAUUUGGUGUUUUAACAACAAAAUGCACCAUUUUUCUGAAAUAGAAAUCUAAUUGGUUCCGCUGGUAAAAUGUUUCAGCACUAAUUUUUUGCCACGACAAAAACAACAAGAAAAGAUGCUUAAUUUUCUAUAAUGUUUGGGUUUAUUAGUAUUGUUCUUUUUUGUAGGCUUUCUUUCUUUGUGUUGACAAUACCUGUUAAAGUUAAAACCUUUCUAAUAACAUCCAGACUGAAUGUAUUUUUAAAAGGCUUUAUGAGAGCAGUCAUUCUUAAAAUCCAGAGAUAUUUUGGAAGAACAUUGGAUAUUUAAUAGUUUUACUUGAGACCUUAAUAUAAGUAAAAAACAAGAUCAGUAAAAGGAGAAUUGGCUUUUACUUGGCCUUUGAAAAAUGAGAAUUUGAAUGCCACAAGAUGCAUUGAAAGUAUUUUCACUUGACUGAAAAACCAGACAAAAGAAAACCACAUCAGAGGAAACCUGAAGUGGCGGCAUAUUCAGUCCAAAAAUUUCCAUUUUUACAGCUGGUAAAAGCAGUGCCACCAUAGAAUACUGAAACAGGCCAAGUGUACAAUAAAGAUGUGUUUAUUAAAAAAAGAUCUAAAGCUAUUUUGUGAUUUCAUUGACUUUGCAAGGAAGUAAUUUGUCUGAGAUGUUACUAUGUAAAACCAACAAUACCAGUGUAGCUUUAUUAUUUAUUAUUCUAAUAUAGAUUGAAGUAGCUUAAGGUGUAAAAUAAGCUCUCCCUGUGGUCACAUGUUUAUCAAUAACAUCAUUUUGUUGGGUCUAAAUUUGUGUAAAUAUCUCAUUUGUUUUUGGAUGCACCUUUCCUUUUUCCCACAUGGAAUCUUACUUUUUAUUUUUACAUUUUACAGAGUAACUUUGCUCAUCCCGUUGGAAUUUGAAAGUAAAAGGAGUUGGAUGUAAAAACAAAACUAAAUGUCUAUCUUAUUUUCCCUUUCUUUUAUACAAAGUAUUGGCUGAAAAAUGAACCAGAAGAGUAAACCAGAUUUGCCAUUAAAGCUGCAGAAAAACAUUGUGUUAGAAAUGGAAAUAUUCAAGCCAUGCAGAGGACAAAGUUUGGGUCAAAAAAACAAACCAAAUAAAACCUGAUCUUUAAUUUGUGUGGUCUGCUUUAAAGCGAGGUUGAAUAAUAACUGACUUGUGUAGAUAUUUCAUCCUACAUGCAACAGAGUAAACAGCAUAGCCUGUAAAAGAUGGUGUUUUAGGUCCUGGAGGACCUCAGUACCUGCUCCUCUGUCUGUCUGCGUGUGUUUCUGUUUAGUACAAAGUGAGUUUUUUGUGAGUUUCGCAUUCUGAGUGAGAGGACCUCAAAGCAUAGUUCAAACAGACAGCGCCACUAAAUCUGCCCAAUUGGGAUUACAGCAAUGGAUUGGAAAAACUUUUGAUGCUUCAGGAAAAAUAAACCACGACUUCUGGAAGCAGAGAGGAAAGAAAAUUAAUGUGAGCUGGACUAUUGGCUUCUUGGCUUUCCCCUCUUGGCUGCAGCCACAUGAAAGAACCCACAAGACGUGAGCUUCUUCUGCUGUUUAACAAGGAUGUGUAAAAGUCAGAGGGACACAUAUUUAACAGUGUGUGUGCUUGUGAAUAGGAUGGUUGAAUGCUGAAAUAUAUUCAGCUUUGACGUGUUCUCUCCAGUAAAGCAUUUCUUCCACUUCCUUCUGACUGAGCAUGGCUUAUGCUCUCCUUCCGUGUAGUAAGAAUAUUUGAGCAAUACUGAGUGAACAUCCCUUUUUUGACUGAUGUACUUUUAAAGAAUUUAAAAUGACAUUCUUGCUGCAACUCAGCUUACUGCAGUUGUAAUAAUGGAUGAUUAGUCUAAAGGGAAAGGCUAAGUGUACAAUGUUCUUAGCUGCAGAUUACAGGUACCAAAUACAUUUACAAAAACUUAUUUCAUAUCUUAAACUUCAUUGACUAUAAAGACCCACUCCAAUGAAAACCGUGUUUUUAACAUAUUCUUGUGGCAUUUCCUGAUGACGGAGGACUUAUAUUAGGAAAAUUAAGCUCAAAAUGAAAUUUCUGAGUAUUUAUUUAAAUCAGUGUGAAUUGCUGGACAGGCCACACGCUCCCUGCUCCACUCUAUUCUGAUGCAUCCGCAUACAGACAAUUAGAUCCAUACGUCUUUGUUUUCCUUGUCUGAGCUGGAAUCUGGCUCACAACUGUAUAGGGAUGCAUAGCUCCAAUGUUGCUCGCCAUUUUUGUUGCACCUGUAAUGUUAGGUUGGGGGUGUGGGGAGCUGUAAGCUAGCGGGAGACCGUGUAAAAGAUAACUCUCGACUAUGGGGGACAGGAAGGAAGUCUUGGUUUUCUCUGUGCCAACAGUCCUGCCCACACUUUAGAGGUGAAUUCCUGCCGCUCUGCAGAAAUUAUGUCCUUGAAAACGACACAGGUAUUCUUAUUUUGGCUAAACACUGAAUUAUCAUAAGUAAAUCCUUGGAAUGCUUUUAAAAUAGUUUAAAAGAUGAUCAGAGUGGGUCUUUAAAAAUGACUUAUUUAUGCAAUAUUUGACAAGAGACGUCAAAUCGUCUUCCAAUAACACAGUAAUUAAUAAUCCAGUGACCUGAAGCGUUGAAAAGGUCGUUCCUAAGUUACCUGAGCAGUGAUAAUGCUACGGUCACAAAUACAACUGCCACCGCGCAAUGGGAAGGCAUUGGCAGAAUCUUCAAGAUUCCACGAAAGCGCCUGAUUAUUUCUUUUUUUUUUAUUGUGGGCGUGGCCAUGAAUGUAAAUGGCUGUCAGGCGUCAGUCAGUCAGGCGGGGGAUGAUGGCAUUACAAAAUUGGGCGACACCCGGGCGAAAGCCGAGCGGCCACAGGGCGGUGGCAGCCAGAUUGUCGUCUGGCAGCAGCUCUGAAUGAACAAUGUGUAAAUGUCUGCGCCCAUUUCAAGUUCCACUGGCCGCCAGCCGGCCGGUAGCCCGGGUGUAUAUUAAAAGCGGGCCAUUCUGCCUGUCCCUGGACAGCCACCGCUCAACUUCAAAAUGUACCCCUGCAGCCAUUGACCGAUGUCAACAUUUAGAGAAAAUCGCCAUAAAAUUUGAACUUUUUCUUAUAACGUCCCUGGCCUUGGCACGCUGUGUACAAAUGCGACUGCUGCCUCCUGAUAACAAAUGCACCUGCGCGGCCACCUGUCAAAUUUGUUAAAAAAUGUGCAUUUAGGUCGCUACGCUGUGGCAUUUUGGGAUAUGUGACCAUAGCAUAAACAGGACACAACUCCAGCUCCUAUGCAUCAGCCACAGUACAGACUUUCACACUGGUAGUGCUUUUAAAACCUGCUGGUUGGUUAGCACCUAAAUGAAGUAAAAAAGCUGGUGUUUUGUCGUAUGUUACUAGCUGUAGGCUCCUCCCAUUUUGGUUCUGCAGACAGUGGUGUGAACACAGCUGUUCACCAGAAAACAGUGAUGAUCUGGGUAUCAGGUUCUGAGAAUCAGAAGUGUCUGCCAGAAAACAGAUACUGUGAUAAAAUGUGAAAAGAAUUCUUCUGUUGCACAACUCUCAGUUUUUACUAGUAACAGCGGUUUUUACAUGAAAAAAAAAAACUUUAAUUCCUUUGGGGAGCACUUCAUGUGUAAACUCAUGUAAAAAUGUGGGGAUUUGUUAAAGCAAACAUGUGGAAGGUGAGAUUUCUAAAAGAAAGCGUGUUUUUACAGUAUGUUGAAGUAUUCCUUCAUAAAAAUAUGAUGUUGUGCUGCUCUGUUAUUUUCUAUGACCUUGUGUUUUCCUCUCUGCUCUCCUCUUCCUUUAUGUCCAAUGUACCAAUGUUCUCCUGUGAUUUUCCCAAAUAUCCUCUCUAAAGUCCAAACAGCCUGUUGAUCUUUAAUUUUGUAAAUAUGUAUAAAGUUCUGCUUUAAAAGGAAAA